AUGCCUCCUUUUACUCGCUAGGACCUGAGAUAUGACAAAACAACACAACCUAGCGUAAAAUAGGCCAAGGAACCACAAAUUCGAGCUAAAAUGGGGACAAUAGGGACGUGGGAGAGAUGCAGUUCAAGGUUGCGUUUCACCAUUGAUGUUCCUAGCAGUACCGAGUUCCAUCUGCAGUUGGCUAGAAAGGGUUAUCGCUCCCUAAUCUACAGUGGGGAUCAUGACUUGAUCAUACCCUAUGUGGGAACCUUGGAGUGGAUCCAAAGUCUGAAUUUCAGGAUAGUCGACGAAUGGAGACCGUGGUUGCUUAAAAACCAGGUUGCUGGCUACACAAGGACUUACUCAGAUCCAAGAUACUUCAAUCUCAUGACCUUUGCAACUGUCAAGGGUGGAGGCCAUACGGCUCCUGAAUACAAGCCCCCCGAAUGUUUUGCCAUGUUUCAAAGAUGGAUUACAGGCAAACAACUCUAAUGAUGCAACUUCUCUGGGCGGGAGAUUGAUCAACGUCUUGAUUCUAUAAAUGUAUUUGAUGUUA